GUUUCACGACUGCAAGCCCUGCUGCUGGUCAUCAUCCACCGCGUCGAAACAGGCGGCUUCCAACGAGCCUUCAUGCUGGCUGGUCUGGCUUCUCGCGCUGCCUCGGCCAUGCGUUUGAAUUACGAGAAAACCGAUCUCACACCAGUUGCAGCUGAAGUUCGUCGUCGGACAAUCUGGUGUUUUAAACUGAUUGAAUCUUACUUUUCCAUUGGAUUGUCCGAGUUUGAACUGUGUCCGUUCGAGACGAUAUACCUCCAACCACCCAGUCACGAAACCAGCUUUGUACCACCCGACGCAGGGGAUAUCGACAAAGAAUGUGGCACUCUGGCCAUCUCUGUCCGUCUGGCCUCUCUCAGACGGGAUAUCAUGAAGCUCACUCGCGAAUUGGCGGUUUGCGACCGUCCGUUUGUGGAGAUAUCCAAGGUCAUCCGCAGUCUGGAACAGGAACUAUGGGAGCUGCAUCGACAAAUGCCAUACAAUAAUAUAUACACUACAUUAGACAUAAUCACUAAGGAGCCAUGGCUUUCACGACAUGUUAUGAUGAUGACCUCGUGGCAUCAAUGUUUCUGCGAUUUGUAUCGUCUUUUGCUGCCUGGAUGUCCUGAAGCACCGCCGCGGAUUGUGCUGGAUACGAUCGAUGCAGAUCAUCGCCAACAAGCUGGAAGUAUUUGUCAAGAGCAUGCAAUGUCGAUCAUUCAAUUACUGUGCGAUAUCAAUCAGCGAUGCACUGUGCCAUAUUUCCUCGAAUUUGACACGGCAAUCUGCGCAUAUCAUGCAACUCGACUGAUGAUCUUUCUUUCAUCGCAGUCUCGCCAUCCAACAUUUACCGCCAGUCGAGUCGAGCAAUGUCUUGAAGCUAUCAAACGAUUCUUUCGUCCAUCCUCGCUCAUCAAGCCUAUCCUUGACGAUAUGCAACAGUUGAUCGAUGGUUUAUCAACGACACCAGAAGUAGCUAUUCUGUCUCAAGAACCACGCGAUCCCCCGAUAUCAUCUCCUGCCAAAGUCAGACAGAGACUAGCUAUUCAUAGUUUGCUGCGACAGGCUGAGUUUUCUGAUGAUGAGACUACUUCUCCUGUCUAGCAAUGGGGAUAUGUACGAUAGUUGAGCACUUCUCCCAGAAAGACAGUUGAAGUAAUCAUUAGCACAAUUGUAAAGUUUUGGUAGAUAUCUUGCAAACUAUAAACACGAUGAUCAACACUGAUGAAGCAAUGCAAGCCCUAUUCCCUCAAACUGUAUCCAUAAGAUCGUCGAUCAGAUCGUCGAUUAUAUAGUCGAUCCUGUAGAUCUAGGAAUAGUAGCAGCAGCAAGCC